CCCCGCUAGCACACACGCGCCACACUUAUCUUCCCAACCCACAUCUUCGGACCUUCCUCCUCUUUGCUUAUAUCACUAGCUUUGUUCUUCCUCCACUUCAAUCCUGCCUAUCAAGAGCUAGCUGAUCGAGCUAGCGCGUGGGAUAUACAGUAGCUAGCUAGCUCGUCGUGGUCUUUCUUGUACGUGUAAGGUAGCACAUGGCUGCAUGGAUGAUUGCGCGGCGUGCAGCAAGGAGGCUCGCCGGGGAGCUGAGCAGAGGCGGGCCCAGGACGUGGUCCCAGCUGGCCUCGCCGACGGGGCCAGCUCCGGCGUGGAACCGCCGUGGGUUCUGCUCUGUCCGGCGCUUCGCCGGAGACAGCGCCGCCGCCGCCGCCGAUGCCGAGGAGGAAGACGAGCCGGACAACGGCCGGUCCGCCGGUCGCGAUCAGGUGGACUUCCCAGGAGGAAAGAUUUCAUUUGUUGGUGAAAUGAAUUUUCUACCGGAGUCGCAGAGGGAAAGGAUCAAUUGUUACCGUGUUCUUGACGAUGACGGCGGGACUAUAUACGGCAGUAGAUUCCGAGAGGUCAGUAAGGAGUUGGCUCUGAAGAUGUACAAUGACAUGGUCACCCUCCAGAUCAUGGAUACAAUCUUCUAUGAAGCUCAGAGGCAGGGAAGGAUCUCAUUCUAUCUCACUUCCAACGGUGAAGAGGCAAUCAACAUAGCUUCUGCUGCCGCGCUUACUGCCGACGACAUUGUACUACCUCAGUACAGGGAGCCUGGUGUUCUUCUAUGGCGUGGUUUCACGCUGCAAGAAUUUGCAAAUCAAUGCUUUGGGAAUAAGUUGGAUUAUGGUAAAGGGAGGCAGAUGCCGAUACAUUACGGAUCAAAUCGUCUGAACUAUUUCACAGUUUCAUCGCCUAUUGCUACGCAGCUCCCUCAGGCUGUUGGAGCUGCCUACUCCCUGAAGAUGGACAAGAAGGACGCAUGUGCCAUCACCUAUUUCGGCGACGGUGGCACAAGCGAGGGAGACUUCCAUGCGGGGCUCAACUUUGCUGCUGUCACGGAAGCACCAGUGAUCUUCUUCUGCCGCAAUAAUGGCUGGGCAAUCAGCACCCCAACUACUGAACAAUUCAGAAGUGAUGGAAUUGUUACACGUGGUCAGGCUUAUGGAAUCCGCAGUACCCGAAUAGACGGCAACGAUGCUCUUGCUGUGUACAGUGCAGUUCGCACAGCCCGGGAAAUGGCUAUAACUGAAGGAAGGCCCAUCCUAAUCGAGGCGAUGACUUACCGAGUCGGCCAUCACUCGACGUCCGAUGAUUCAACCAAGUACAGGCCGGCUGAUGAGAUCGAGCAUUGGCGAACAGCGAGGGAUCCCAUCUCCAGGUACAGAAAAUGGGUUCAGGGCAAUGGUUGGUGGUGUGACGCUGAAGAAUCUGAACUCAGGAACAAAGUGAGACAAGAGCUUCUGCAAGCCAUUCAGGUGGCGGAGAGAAUGCCGAAACCCCGGCUCACAGAGCUAUUCAGCGAUGUUUACGAUCAAAUUCCUUCCAACCUUCGCGAGCAAGAGCGAUCGCUGCUGGAUACGAUAAACAAACAUCCUGCAGAUUAUCCAGCUGAUGUACCUGUCUAGUCCUACUGACCUUAGGUCUGCAAUGUUACUGUAAGUAAUUAUGGAUGAUGAUUUAGGUACAUAGAAUCAUAUUGUUAUAAUUCGGAUUAUUAAAAUAAAAGAUAACAAGUGAAUUACCGAUCCAACAAGCCGUGAAACCAAUACAUAUUGUUGUACUAGUACUCUAUUUAGGGCCGGGCCUUCAUGUUGAAGCCCAAGCGUGUAUCGAGCGGAAGCUGA